CUGGAGUCUAACAAUAUAAUUGUUUCCAUAAUCUAUAUUAUCUGUUAAAGAAAAACAUCACUUUGUAGAUGUAGAAUUUAUGUAUCAAGUAGUUAUUAUCUUUAAUGCAUAGAUGGCGAGAGCAGUUCUAUCUCUCAGCUGAUAUUCUGUUAAAUGUACUAUAUAAUUCAGUACAGCGUUUCAAGUCCCAGAACUCAGAGUAGCCUAAAGACAGCUCAAAUAAUCAAUCGCAGAGUGUAAUCUGAAAUACUUUUGUUUCUUGCAUAUUUAAAUUUUAAAACGAAAGAGACAGGUGUGAAAAGAUUUAUUCUAUUGAAAAAUGUUUAAUACCAAGUCCUUUGACGUUGUGAGUUUCAAUUCGGAAUUGUCUACAACGAAAUUAGAAACAUCCGCAAAUGUUCAAACCACAGAAAUAGUUUAUACUGCUGAUGAUACGCAAACCGCAGAUACAAGGAGCAUUGGGAUUCAGACAAUAAAUAAACAGAAUACAGACAUGCAAGUAGAUUAUGACAAAUUGGCAGAAUUUCUAAAAAAAGUUACUCCGGGAAUCCUGGAAGUCCUUGACGAAGCUUAUGGUAGCAAUGCUUUUGAUGAUUAUAAUCCUAAUGUUACAGAAACUACCUCUGCUAAUGUAGAGAUAUUGAAAAAAAUAAGCACAUUGAAAGAAUCAGACACUCAGAUAAAAGUAAGUGACCUAUCAUGGAGCACAGUUGGUGGUACAUUAGCAGUAGGCCUCAGCCAUAUCUAUCAUGAAGCAUGGUGUGAUCAUCUUUCUACAAUUCAAUUAUAUAAUUUAACAAUAGAGGAUAAUCUCACUGAUGAACCUACCAAAACUUUAGAGACAAAUGGAUGUAUCACAACAUUAUGUUAUCAUCCAACAGAACCCUCUAUUCUUGCAGCUGGAUUGUCUAAUUGGGACGUGUUGGUCUGGAAUCUUAGAAAUGAUGAUUCUAUUACACCCACACAUGUAUGUACACAUAGCGAUUGUGUAUCUCAAGUAUGUUGGAGACCGAGAUCAGUGAACGACGUGUCCCUAUUAUUAAGUUCCAGCAGAGAUGGAUAUAUACUGAUUCACAAAUUGACAACCAACUUUACUACCGUCCAAUUGCAUAAACGAUUCAAGAUAGUCAAAGAACGUAAUCCAGUGGAAAAUGCUAGGCCACGCAGCGCCGGAGGUACUCGCGAGCGCGCUGCGGAAGCAGGAUUGUGCAUUACGAGUUUUGAUUUUUCUCCACGACAUCCUAGUAUAUUUGUCGUUGGAACACUAUGUGGUGGAAUCUAUAAAUGUAGUUUAGACAGUGUAACUUCCAUCGAAGGAGAUGCCACGCUCAUGGAUCCCGUAAUCGACGAAUAUGAAAGACACGAAGGUAGCAUUACCUGUAUCAAAUGCUCGCCGUUACAUAAUUUAUUUGUCAGCAGUACUACAGAUAAAGAAAUCCGUAUAUAUAAUCUUGACGAGCACGUCAGUCAGCAAACCAUUUCUGUGGAUAAUACAGUUGUGGGAUUAACAUGGAUGAUUGGCAAUCAGGACAUAUUUGCGGCGUACGGAGCGGAUGCGUAUAUAAAAUUCUACAAUGUCACGGAUGCUAAACCCAUGACGUGUGCGAAAUUCGAAAUUACUAGUAAACAAAGCAUCAGCAGCUUACGCGUCAAUUCUAAGAGAGAUAUUCUGGCUGUUGGAGAUGUUCGGGCAAACGUUGAAAUAUGGAAAUUUCCACGUCACUUAUUUUGAAUACAACUCUGAUCAACGCCGGUUGCUUGCGAUAUUUGCUGAAUGUGCUGACAUUACUACAUAUACUCUGUAUUGCAUGUGUAUAUCCACGUUUUUAUGCAAAUAAACUAUUACGAAACAUUGA